AUGGUCGUCUUAGCCACCAUGAAGACACCCUUCUUCACGUCACUGUCAAUACACAUGUGCAUGUUGUUCUUUGCCUCCCAUAACUUGGCGGAAGACAAUAUGACAGUUUUUUCGACGAGCUCUUUGGACCAAUCCUACCAGUAUAAUUCGAGUAGCACAUCUACAACGACUUAUGACGACGGGACUUUUCGGAAACCUGGGGCUCGAACUACUCAGGGUUCGAAAAACAAAAAUUGGUGCGGAAAGCCUUAUGGAGCAUCUUUCACGCCAAAUAGCGAUGGGGGACCUUUCAGCUCUGCACUUUCAUCAGGGCCCAGGUUGAAUUUACAAUGCACUCCAAAACUCAAUCCAUACCUCGAAGGGGAUGGGCCCGAAAUCAGCAGUAUUAUCGUCGACGCUGGUCUAACAUACUACCCUGUGGAGGGCGCUGUAGAGAUUUCGGAAAAAGUCACGCAACUCCAGAUAGUCAUUAUAAAUACCAACACCAGUCAGGCUAUCACUGCUGGUAUCGUCGCUGUCAAUACCCUCGGAAAUCAUUUCCAGUUUCCUUUAAACACUCUUGGAAAACCUAGCACAGACUCCUACCAUAUCAUAUGUCAAGCUUAUUCACAUGAUGAAUACCUCGCCGAACGUCCCGUCUCUCUUCAAUAUCUACCUGAUCUCAGUGGAAAGGGUACGGGGGUCGCGGUCAGAGUUAACUCGGAAUCUGGAACAUUGAUGGUCACAAAUGAUAAAGGAGCAUUACAAACCUUGAUCCCCUUUGGGUUUGCAGUAGAUUAUAGCAAGCAGUACUCGGAUGCUAUGAUCGCCGCCCUAAUAAAUACAUUGAAAGAACUAAAAGUUAAUACCGUACAACUAAUCCUAGGUCCUCAAGGUGCCAGUGAUAUACCCCAGCUGAAAGAAUUCUUACACGAACUAGGCCAGGCUGGGAUUUGGAUCCAAUAUGAUAUGCGUAACCUCUACUGGAAUAAAGAGCUGGUGGCUUCCAAUAUUAAAGUUGCUCAACAGCAUCCCAAUGUUCUGCUUUACCAUACAGCGAUGGAACCAGAUGGACGUGGGAUCAAAGUAGAUGAUAUACAUCAAACUAGCCAAAGCGUCAAACUGAAUGAUCCUUAUCAUCCAGUUUCAUUAACUCUCAGCUGUGAAGAUUACCAGUUCUCAAACUACACCAAUGGAAAUGAUAUAGUCUUGACCAAUCCAUUUGUGAUAGAAGCAAACCAGCGUUCUUCAGGGGACGUAACCACUUCAAAUUCAGUUUAUGGCUCUUCUUCUUGUGAUAACUGCAAGGGAAGCUUCCUCGACUUGGUGAACCGAAUUCGAAUCUUUCGCAACAGGCGACACAUUCUUCACAAGGAUCGUACCAUGCAGUUCUGGGGAGUUCCCCAAGCUGAUUGUGCCCAAGGCGGCAAUCAAGUCCCAACGGGCGAACAAUUUCUUCUGAUGUGUACUGUUUACAUCAUAGAAGGAGCUGUUGGUCUGAUGACAUGGAAUGACAAGUUGGAUUUCUCCCCAGAUCUGAAGAAGGCGAUCCAGACAAUGGGGAUGUCUUUGCCCCAAAUAGGACGGUAUCUCGAAAGACCACAGUCAUUUCUUCCCCUUCCACCCACAAACACCUAUCCAAACGACACCUUCAUCGCCAACAUAUGGUUAAACCAGGCCGACCAAACGAUCCUAGUGAUGGUUGCCAAUUUGGCGCCCAAGCAAGCCUCCUGGGAAGUCCACCCACCCCCUUUUAAGUUCAACUCUACUGAUACCAGUCAGCUCCAAACUAGUUGGUUAUACGUAUCCGAAAACUCUCAACACCCAACCAUUGUUCACAAGAAAGAGACUUUGAGCUUGACUGGAAGCUUGCAGGGCUAUGGCUUUGGUGCCUGGAUCAUCCAAGAUAAAUCAGCUGCAGAUACCUCCACCGGAACCGCCCCGCUACAAAACCAAUGGACCACUCAAUAG